UUGAAACUGCUCCAAAUGAGAAGAUCCUCGCUGCCUUGGACACAUUUCUUUCUCUUACUAUUUGUUGUCAAUAUUAGCUAACCUAAUUUUGAAGUUAGACACAGCUGGACUCUUGUACACUGCACAAUGGUUCAAGGUGCUUCAGAGAUAGCCGCAGUGUGUGUCGGCCUGAUUGGACUGAUAGGGGCAUCGGCUACUACAGGUUUGCCCAUGUGGAAGGUGACAGCUUUCAUCGGGGCAAACAUAAUUGUGAUGGAAACCCGCUGGGAAGGAUUGUGGAUGAACUGCUACCGACAGGCCAACAUCAGGAUGCAGUGUAAAGUGUAUGACUCUGUGCUGUACCUGCCCCCAGAGUUACAGGCAGCCAGGGGUCUGAUGUGCUGUUCUUUGGCUUUGUCGGGGGUGGGACUCCUUGUGGCUCUGGCAGGAAUGCGGUGUAUUUCCUGUUUUCAGGGUACUCAUCGGGCUAAGACCAUGAUCCUGAUGGUUGCAGGUGGUAUGCAGUUCUUGGCCUGUAUCUGUGUCCUUAUCCCUGUGUCGUGGACGGGUAAUGUCAUCAUCAGGGACUUUUACAAUCCUUUGCUAAUCGAUGCCCAGAGGAGUGAGCUGGGAGAGGCUCUCUACAUUGGUUGGGUGACCAGCGGCUUCCUUUUCGUCUCAGCUAUGUUGUUUGUCUGCCGCCAAAUGCCCUCAGACAAAGGCUCAUACGAUGUGUACCACCCAGACAACUUGCUCAUUUACAAGCCACAACCCAGAAAGCGAUCUGUAAUAAACUAUCAUCCCAUCUCGAGUGUUCCUAGCCUCCAAUCUACUGCCUACCAGCCAUCUCUGCCGAUUGGAUCUAUUGGACAACAACUUGCGACUGCACAGCAUAACAUCCCUCAAGUAAUGACAAAUGAUGGAGCACUAAAAAACUCCAUCCCGGGUCUGCCUGAAAAUGCAUCAUUGUUAUAUCAGGGAGCAGGGUACCACUCCUUCAUGAAGAGUUCUAGCCCAGUUGGAAGCCUAUUUACAUCCGGCAACUCCUUGUACAUCAGCCAAAACACCACGCCAUAUUCACAGACUUACACCGACAAUCCCACUACCUCCUACCAGUCCAGUUUUUAUCCGGUUCCACACACUCCUGUUUUCAUAGGAUAUAAAGCAUCACAAAUUCAACCAAAUUCUCACAGUGAGAGCAGUGUUUGUGUAUACAUAUAAAGGAAAAAUUAAGUUAAUUUUAACUGCUGCAUAUUAGUGACAAGAUGAAGGUAAAUUCUGGUAAUGUUAUCUCUGCUUAUAUUCCACAGGCUAAACAGCGUUUAACAAUUUCCUACUAUUAACACACUUUUUUGUGAUCAAGUUGAAGAUAACUGCUGAUGUUGUUAGUGUAAAUAAAGGCAACAUCAUACUGUUUUCAUGAAGCCCUGGUAUGGGCUUACUUUCCCAAAAUAGAGGUUUAUGAGAAAUCAUCUGUUUGGAACACCAUAGCCUUAUGUUUUACAUCUUUGUAAUCAUCUGUUCAUUAUAUUUUGAAAUGUAUUGUGGUUAUCAGUUUUUGUGUGUCAGUGCAUUUUUUAAUAUCUUAUCAACAAGAUUUCUUAGCAACUACUCAAACAGCAGUGAUACAGCGCUAAAGUUUAUAAUCAAAUAACCUUCUUACCUAUAGUUAUUGGUUAAUUUGCAGUUAUCAUUAAAAGAAAAGUUUGGGCGACUAGUGCCUAGUAAUGCUUAGCAGCAGUUCACUCAGCAACUUUGGCUUUGUGGGGAUGAUUUAUGUUUCCCUGGAAGGCAGCCAUCUUCCAAAGAUGUGUAGUUCAGGUCUGUUUUAGCCCUAUGAUGGACUGGCAACUUGUAACGUUUCCAUGUAAAUGGUCCAUGCUUUCUGCUAGGACAGGCUAUCUGUGAAAUAAACAAGUAAAACACACAACAAGAAAAAAUGUUAACAAUGCUAAAAAAAUA